AUGAACGACGCAACCGCUUCGGAGCUGAACAAAUCAGGUAGCGGAGGAUCGGAGCGAGGUGGCGGCGAAGAUAAAGAUAGAGGAAUUUUCGAGUUUUUCGGUUGGGUUUAUCACUUGGGAGUGAAUUCAAUUGGUCGUGAGUAUUGUCAUCUCCGAUUCCUUUUCAUUAGGGGAAAGUAUGUUUCUAUGUACAAGCGUGAUCCUCAUGAAAACCACGCCAUUAAACCUAUUAGGAAAGGAGUUGUAGGACCCACACUAAUGGUGGAGGAGCUAGGUCGGCGAAAAGUCAAUGAUGGGGAUCUUUAUGUUUUACGAUUUUACAAUCGAUUAGAUGAGGCCAGAAAGGGAGAAAUUGCUUGUGCUACAGCUGGGGAUGCCCGGGGAUGGAUAGAAGCAUUUGAUCAUGCUAAGCAACAGGCUGAGUAUGAAUUGUCCCAAGGUGGUAGUGCCAGAGACAUACUAAACAUGGAUGCCGAGAUCAAUCUUGAAGGACACCGGCCUAGAGUGAGGCGGUAUGCCCAUGGAUUAAAGAAGCUAAUAAGAAUUGGUCAAGGCCCAGAGACACUGUUACGGCAAUCGUCAAAGUUGGCUGGUAGGGCAGACGGGUUUGAAGGGGAUAAUGGAGACACAGUUGAAGCACAUCAAUGGAGAUGUGUUCUUACUGUGGCUGGAAUUAGAAUUUUUGAGGAUGUUUCUGAUCACAAGAAUGGUAAGGGUGUUCUUGCAAAGUCUGUUGGUGUUAUUGAUGCAACUGCAGAUACUGUUUUUGAAGUGCUUUUCAAUACUGAACGACAAAAAAGAUACGAGUGGGAUAUGUUAUUUUGUGACUUAGAGCGUGUAGAUUCUAAUGAUGGACAUUAUGACGUUGUUUACGGGACAUAUGAUCCUAAGUAUCUAUCCCGGUGGCAUCCAAAGCAAGAUUUUGUCUUCUCUAGGCAAUGGUUUCGUGGACAAGACGGAGCAUACACAAUCUUGCAAUUUCCAGCUAUACAUAAGAACAAGCCUCAAAGAUCUGGUUAUCGACGUGCAAAAAUUAAUCCAUCUACUUGGGAGAUCAGAAAUUUAAACACACCUAUGGCAUCAAAUAGUCCAAGAUGUCUAGUGACCCACACUUUAGAAAUACAUUCUGCAUCCUGGAAUCGAUGGAGGAACAAACAGUGCUCAAAAUUUGAGAGGAGCAUUUCUUAUGCGUUACUGUGCCAAGUGGCAGGUCUAAAGGAAUACAUAGCAGCCAAUCCAGCACUCCACCAAGAAAAUGCCACCACAAUAGUUCACUCUAAAAUAUCUGAUUCUUCCAUUUCCAGUUCUGAAUAUGAGGAUGAAGUACAAGAUGAGUUUUAUGAUGCAAUUGCUGCUGAAUCAUCGUCAUCAGGUGAAGAAAGUGAUGACGAGGAGAAGCAUGAUCAGAAGGAGUCAAGAGUCAAAUUAAAGAAUGUUUCAUGGGCAAUCACAUCCUUAGCUUUGAAGCGAACUGCAGCUCCUGAUCUAAGCGGAGAACUGGAUCCUCGUGUCACUCCUAUCACGUUCCAUCCGAGCGAUAUACAUGGUUCUUUGGGCAAAGGAAUGGAUGACAAGGACACAAACUGUUGGACUUCUCCUAGUGGAAAAGGAUUUAUGAUUAGAGGAAAGAACUAUCUUAAAGAUAACUCUAAGGUAGUUGGAGGAGAUCCUCUUCUCAAGCUCAUAGCAGUAGAUUGGUUUACAGUCAACAAAUCUGUCGAUAGAAUUGCCCUGCAUCCUAAGUGUUUGGUUCAGUCAGAAGUUGCCAAAAAGCUUCCAUUUAUCCUUGUCAUCAAUCUCCAGGUUCCUGCUAAACCAAACUACAGUCUGGUUCUAUAUUAUGCAGCUGAUAGGCCGAUAAAUAAAAAAUCUCUGUUGGCUAAGUUUGUUGACGGAAGUGAUGUGUUUCGGGACUCAACAUUCAAACUUAUUCCAAGUAUAGUCGAGGGAUAUUGGAUGGUCAAGAGGGCUGUUGGAACCAAAGCUUGCCUGUUAGGUAAAGCUGUGACUUGUAAAUACUUCAGACAAGAUAACUUUUUGGAGAUUGACGUGGACAUUGGAUCAUCCUCUGUAGCUAGAGGUGUCAUUGGCCUUGUUCUAGGAUAUGUUACAAGCCUAGUCGUCGACCUUGCCAUUUUGAUAGAGGCACAAGAAGAGGCGGAGCUGCCAGAAUACAUUCUUGGAACUGUCCGAUUAAACCGUUUGAAGCUUGAAUCUGCCAUACCAUUGGAGGUUUAA